GGGGAAACACGACUGCAGCACUCCGUCGACUUUGCCUGUCGGGAGGAGGUUUUAGUGUGUGCAGCCCCAGAUGGACCACCAGCGCAAUGGAGCCAAGCCACCUGAAGGUAGUGAACCCGUGGCAGACCCCCGGCCCCCUCCUGCCAAGCUGGCCCGGCUGGAGCAAAACGUAGGUGGGGGCACCCCAGUCCAGGAGAGGAGCAGGCAGGGGAGCCCAGGGGCUCUUAAACCGACCACACAGAAGCCACAGGUCAAGAGCUGGCACAAGAAAGGGAGCCUGCUGCCCGUGUUCUGUGUGGUGGAGCACAGGGAGAGCCCGGCGGAGGGAGAGAGGAGGGAGGAGCACGCCGAGUUUGUGCUGGUCAGGAAAGACCUGCUGUUUAACCAGUUGAUAGAGAUGGCCCUGCUGUCACUGGGCUACUCACACAGCUCUGCUGCACAGGCUAAAGGUCUGAUCCAGGUGGGGAGGUGGAACCCUGUCCCAUUGUCCUGUGUGACUGAUGCUCCUGAUGCCACAGUGGCUGACAUGUUGCAGGACGUUCACCAUGUCAUCACCCUUAAAAUACAGCUGCACAGCUGUCCCAAGCUGGAAGACCUGCCGGCUGAGCAGUGGAGUCACUCCACAGUGAGGAACGCUCUGAAGGAACUCCUGAGGGAUAUGAACCAGAGCUCUCUGGCCAAGGAGUGUCCUCUGUCUCAGAGUAUGAUAUCCUCUAUUGUAAACAGCACUUACUAUGCAAACGUCUCGGCUGGCAAGUGUCACGAAUUCGGCCGAUGGUACAAGCACUUCAAGAAGAACCAGUCGUUCAGGGAGAUCGACGGUUUCUCUGACCAGCCGUCUCACGUCACCAUCAGUCAGCAGCCCAUCCCCGGUAGCACAGCCGAGCAGGGCUCCACCUUGAUUUUCCCUCACAGGGGAGUGGGCAAUGUUUGUGGGCGCGCAAACCUAAGCCUGCGUCCCCCCAGUCUGGUAGCUGCACCGCUCAGCCCACAGCUGGUCAGCCAGCAGUUGGUGAUGGCCCAGUUUCUCAACCAGCAGUAUGCCGUUAGCCGCAUGCUAGCUGGCCAGGGUCUCUCCCCCUCCCCACAGCAGUAUCUAAACCACCCCCCUGUCGGGAGGGCUCCCGCUGUCUUGCUUUCAAAGGGCCCUGAUUCCCAGGCCCAACAGCAGGCCCAGUGUGUCCCAGGUGGAGGUCCGGGGCCCGGGGCCCAAACCCAGGCAUUGGCUGGCUCCUCUGGAGGACCAUCGGACGUGUCCAGUGAUAUCUACCAGAGUGUGAGGGAGGAGCUGAAGAGAGCAGGAAUCUCACAGGCCGUGUUUGCUCGCGUGGCCUUCAACAGAACCCAGGGUCUGCUAUCAGAGAUCCUACGCAAGGAGGAGGACCCCAAGCAUGCCUCCCAGUCCCUGCUGGUCAAUCUGCGUGCCAUGCACAGCUUCCUCCAGCUCCCUGAGGCUGAGAGGGAGCGAAUCUACCAGGAGGAGAAAGAGAGGAGCUUGUCUGGAAUCACACCAAGCUGCAACAACACCCCGCCGAGACCCUCACAGGCGAAGCUGUCUCCGGCGACAGGAGACAGGGGGCUGGGGGCAGACGGCUGUGUUCUCAACGUCUGCUCUUCAAUCUACGAGGAGAUUCAGCAGGAAAUGAAGAGAGCCAAGGUGUCUCAGGCCAUGUUCGCUAAGGUGGCUGCAUCCAAGAGCCAGGGAUGGUUGUGUGAACUGCUGCGUUGGAAGGAAGAUCCAAGCCCAGAGAACCGGACCCUGUGGGAGAACCUGAGUAUGAUUCGCCGUUUCCUCAGCCUUUCCCAGACUGAACGGGAUGCCAUCUACGAACAGGAGAGUAACACCAUUACAGCACAGCAGCACUGCACUGACAGACUCACACUGCUCACCAAUGACAACGCACUGUACCAACACCACUCUCCGCUGUUACAGCAGCACCACAUGCAACUGCCGACCCCUCUGGCCUAUCAGCCCCUGCAGCCGGAGGCAGGACCUCACCCAUCCCCAAACCAGCCAUCCACGGCUUCACCCGCUGAGUCAGAAGGAGGCUGGGGCCAACAAAGAGCGCGCUCGCGGAGCAGGGGUAUGAAUGGAGAGAGAGGAGACAGUAAGGACUGGAGUGAGGGGGACAAAGGAGACAGGGCGAGUUUGAGUGGGGUUUGGGCUUGUUGCGAUACGACCAGGGAGAAGAGUCUGGAAAACAGUGAGCAGGAGAAGGAUGAAGGCGUGGACAUUAAAAUCACUGAUACGGUUAAUGGAGAUGGCAGAGACGGCUGGGAUGGCAAGGGUGCUGUUAAGUUUGAGGAUCAAUGUAUGGUUGGGGUCCACGUGGAGGGAGAGGACUCGAUGGGGGACAGGGACGAGGUCAGCAGUGAGGGGCUGAGAGUGUCCCACGAGGCACUGGGGAUCUUGCAGAGUUUCAUCCAGGAUGUGGGCCUCAACCCGGAUGAGGAGGCGGUCCACACCCUGUCAGCGCAGUUGGGCCUGCCCAAACACACCAUCCUCAGCUUCUUCCACAGCCAGGACCAUGGAGAGAGUCAACAUUUUAACCAGUGUCAACACCACAAUCACAACCAACAUCACAAGCAGAACAACAACUGCAGUCCAAACAACCAGAACAGUUGUCUGGGUCCAGGCCCGGACCUGACCCACGCAGACAGAACCACUGAGGAACAAGAGGACCUCGUUAACAAAGAUGAUUCACAUCAAAAUGUUGAGACAGAGGAUGGGGAGAGGUUCAUGGAAAUGGAAACAGAAGGAAGAAGCGAGACAAUUAUUUUGAAAGAAAUGAACAUGGGAACUCAAACCCUCAGCACCAUGAAGGAGGAGCAACAGAACUAUAUUUAA